UAUGACCCACUUUAAACUCAAGAUGGUUGCUUGUGUUAUCUUCAAGAAAAUCAACAUUCGCUUGUCAACAGUCGAUCUACAAGUUUGGGUACAAAGUAUUUAAUAAAAUACAAAUGCCGGGCCUUAUUUUAUUUGGUAGGCGAUGGGCCAUAGCCAGUGAUGACUUUGUAUAUCCAAGCUUUGGAGAAGGAUUAACACGUAUAGCUUGGGAAAUAGUAUUGAUUGUUAUUCUAUCAGCUCACCAAAGUGGAUUUGAAUGUCUUCAUGGUCAUGACCUAAAGUCUUUCUACAUAGGGGCCACUGUGCUGAAUGGCAUAGAGAUAAUUAUUGUGAUCAUCUUACUACGGAUUAGUAUGCAGGGUACAAUUAAAAACCCAUGGCCUAGAAGAAAUAUACAGCGGGUGCUCUAUACCAAAAUAUUCAUGUAUGUGUCUGAGGCUGUGUGGCUUUGUAUAUCGACUUAUUGGGCAUUUGGUCAUGAUUACACCUGCUCUCGGUCAGUCUACUGGACAGCCAGGGCUGCAGUGAUUUGUUCCUGGAUUAUUGGCUUCUUUACAUUCAUUGCUAUUGCUGUGGCGUUUGAUCCAAUGGGCUCUUUGAAGAAGCGAAAUUUAACUUCCCUGGAAGAUGGUGGAAGGGAGGUUUACGACGUUACGAUAUCCCCAAGUGAAGUCUGGGAAAAAAGGUGUCGACUACUGUGCUGUUGUGUUGCUCACAGGGAGGACAUGGGGGCAGCUUUUGCAGAGAUUGGAAAAAUUGUAGCAGAUUUUUUUAAAGAUUUAGAUUUAGUCCCAACAGACAUUGCUGCUGGGCUCAUCCUAGUGCAAGAAAAACAAGUACAUUCAGAUGGUCAACUAAGGGUAGUGGUCACAUCGAAUGAUGCCUCUGAAAUUCAGUCAACUUCCUCUCAACUUGAGCCAAGUCUACCCCAGCCUAAGAGCUGGAUGACUAUUUUCAACAUGGCUCACUACAUGAAGUAUGCCAUGGGAAGCUACGGCUGGCCCUUUUACAUGUAUGAGCAUUUCUUUACUGGACUUUGUGGGCUUUGUUUCCAUUGCAGCAGGGGAAAUGUUUAUAGGAAUGAUCUGUUAGAAUUCUUCAGAACAAUGAAAUUUUUUUCACCAUUUAGAUGCUGUUCAUGCUUGCGGAAGUCAAAUAAUGUUUUCAAAGAUAAUAUAUGUCAGUGCAACUCUGCAGCCAUUAAAAAAUUAUCAGGAUUGAAGCAAAAUGACUUGGUCUAUGUCACAUUUAAAAAUCAGUUCAAACAAGUUCCCUUCUAUGUGGCACUGGACAGAGAAAAAAACACAGUGGUAGUUAGCAUCCGUGGAACUUUAUCACUUCAGGAUGCAGUGACUGAUUUGUCAGCUAAAGGUGCUGACCUUGACAUCCCAGGGGUCAGGGACAGCUACUGCCAUGCUGCCAUGUUAGACUGCGCCAACUACAUCAAGUCACAGCUUGAGUCUCUCAAUCUUUUGGAAACAGCAUUCUCCAAAUUACAUGAUGGAGCAGGGCUGGUCAUCACUGGUCACAGCCUAGGUGCAGGUGUGGCAGCCAUAUUGGCUGUUCUUCUUCGACCAAAGUACCCUCACCUUAUGUGUUUCUCAUUCUCUCCACCAGGGGGACUCAUGAGCACCAAUGCGAGCAAGUUUACCCAGGAUUUUGUAUGUUCAGUUGUAGUUGGCAAAGAUCUUGUGCCCAGAUUGGGCAUGUACACUCUUGUUGAUCUGAAAGUGAAAAUACUGAAGGCCCUGUGUGAGACUAACAAACCAAAAUACAGAAUUCUAGCUUCUGGCUGCUGGAGAUUGGUUUGUUGUAUUGGUCCAUCUCAGGAGACCAGUGGGAGACAUUUGCAACCGACUCAGUCUCAGAGUAAAUACUCUGAAGAGAGAAGUUCUUUGUUACAGGGCAAAACAAUACAGGAGGCAUUGCGUGAUGCAGAAUUACAAUUGGAAGAGGUCAAGAAAACGCAGUGGCCAUUACAUCCUGCUGGUCAGAUCUUACAUGUCCUGGAGAUGAAUGAUGCCAGUUUGCCAUGUUCAGGAGACCCUCAGUACUUUGCUGUGUGGUCAGAGGCUCAAUGUUUUGACAAGAUAGUCAUCAGCAACAAAAUGGUGUUUGACCACUUCCCCAACACCGUCUCUCAUGCCUUGGACCAGCUGGCAGGGAGGAACUACAUCCCUCAAACAUACGAUGCAACCACUGCAUGAGCUAGAUUCUUUUGAGUUAAUCGCACAGGGUUUCUCUUUACACAUUGACGACAAACUCAACUUGUGAAAAUAUAUCACAAAUUGGUGAAAUGUUUGAUUGCUGUUGAUGUGAUAAUUUGUAUUAUCUUUUUGUGAUCUGAAUUAAGAUUAAUGGCUCUUAUGAAAAGAACAGUUCAGGUUAAAAUAUUGAAUUUUUAGUGAAUACUUGCCAAGUGCACAAAAUAGUUGCAUUGAGAAGUACAUUUUACUGCAAACUUUUAUAAAUACUACACAAUCCAUUAUAAAAGUAUAAAAUUUAUGCCACAAUUGUAUAUAAUUAAUUAAUUAUUUUAAUUAGAUAGCUUUUAGUUUCUGAUUGUAUUAAAUGUAUUUCCUACAUUUUAAUCAAAGUUUCUAGGUUUUUUAAAUGUGUAGUUAGCAAUUAAAUUGAUAAAGUAACAAAAGAGUUCUAAUUGGAUUCUGAAACCUCCACCAUCAGACCUAGACUUUUAUAACUGUUAUGUAGAAAGUCCUUUUUUCUUCAACCAUGCAAUUUGUUCUGUUUCAAACACACAAAAUUUGGUUAGGCAAGCACCAGACAUUUAUAGAAUCAUUCAAUUCACUCUGCAUACACUCUGCAUACAUUUAUAGAAUCAGUAAAUUCACUCUGCAUAAAUUUCUAGAAUCAGUAAAAUGUAAAUUCACCCUGCAUUGCAAUAAUUGUUUUUAUAGAAACAUUGUUGAAUAUUAAAUGUAAUUUAUUUUUUAUAAUUUUUAAAAAAAUAAUUGUAAAAAAUGUAAUUUACUUUUUUAAUGAUUAUUUGUAACAAUUGUCAAACUAGUUUCAAUCAUGAGUGAGUUGGUUUCUGUAUCAUUAUAUUUAGUGUUCAGGUGUCCUCAUUCACUUGAUGUUUUCCCCCAUCAAUUUUUUUUCCUCAUACAUAAUAAUUAAUUAAUAUUCAAACUUACUUGACUUAUUUUCCUAAUUUGUAAUUUACUUUUUUAAAAUCUAACAUUGCAUGUGGAUGCAGGUCCCACAGUCUUGCAUUGAAACUCCUUAAGUUUCUUGUGACCAGUUUCCCCCUGCACCUUUUUGUCCUCCUUGGGGUGUAGCCUAGAGUCAGGCACAUUUAUUCACUGAUGAUUUCUUGUUUCUUUAGCCUGCCCUCUCCCCCUGGUACUGGUACCAUACCUUUUUUUUUUUCAACACUAGUCAGUAAGUCAUCAAGGGGUCAAAUGGACCUUUUGUUCAUCUGUAUUAAAAAUGCUUUCAUUAUAAAUGUUGUCUAAAAGCUUUUAAUACAUUUCAUUUUACUGGUUUGUCUAUGUCCAAGUUUUCCUAGUCUGCUGGUUAACAUAACCAUUUCUUCUACAUCACUGUUUUAUUGAAGUUAAUAAAUAUGCAACAUUUUUAUAGAUUUUUUUGUUUUCUUAAAAUUGUCUUUCUACUCUACUUUAAUAUCAAUCAGGCUUGCCAAAAAAAAAAAGGAACAGUAUAUAUAUUGAUGGUUUGUGAUAAAUAUUAAAGCUGUAAAUGAAAUGUCUAAAAUGUAUAACUUAUUAUUUCACUGAAAUGCUAAAAAAACAAUUAUUGUUUCUAUGAAUGUAUACUUUUAUUGUGUAUUUUCUUAUGCUAUUCAAAAACAUUCAUUGAUCAUGCAUUCAUUGCUAUUUUAAAAAUGUGAAAGUUCUAAAUGUUUUUUUGUUUUACCCAUUUCAUUUCAGAAUAAUUAGUUCAUCUUAUUAAAAUGCAAUUUUUUUAUCAAUAUAUAUACAUGUUUUAUGAAAGCGGGUUAGUUUUUAAUUAAUUAUUAAUUUAUAAUAAAACUGGUUACUAGUCUGAGAAUGGCUUACAUAGGGAUAAACACUAAACUAUUUAGAUAGAAAUCUUUUCUAUUUUUUUUUAAAGCAUUUCUUAGCAAGACCCUAAUUUUUCUAUAUACUUGAUUCCUACAUAAAAUUAUAUUAAUCAUAAACAUUUAGAAAAUCACAGUUAUUGGACUAUUUCAAUUUUGUCAUUUAUGCUACAUGACCUAACCUAUAUAAUUCAGAUGCAUGUUAUUUUUUUUUUUUGCAAAGAUACAAUCUCAUUGGUUUUGUUAUUAAUUGAAUAUCAAGAAAAAGUCAUCAGUGAUUCAUCAGGGUGUAUGUAUUGUCUUUCCAGACAGGAAUCUUAUAUGUAUGUGUUUGUCUACAUAUGUGCCAAAAGCAGUCUUUUUUUUUUGGUAAGCUGAAAGGUAGUAAACGUAACUGAGGUGCCCCACGGAAACGCUUUAAACACCAGCUUAUUUGCCAACUUGCCUUAACUGACAUAGAAGAAAGCAUGCAGCUUUAGAACGAGACAGCUGGAGGUCACUUACAAAGGCAGCUGGAUACACAUUUGAGACCAAAAGAAAAUCUGCUGCCAAGGACAGACGUAGGUGGCGAAAAUAAAAUCUACAUCGACCACUGGUGGACAAUGGUUAUGCCUGUGCUGCAUGUGGCAAAAUAUGUAGGUCACAGUUGGGGCUGUGUAGCCAUUGGAAAUACUGUAUACCUCAUGAAUUAAUAUAUAUAUAUAUAUAUAUAUAUCAUGGACAGUGAUUUUAUAUUUUAUACCAUUGGCUUUGUCAUAUCUUUUAAUCUUUGCAAAAAGAUUCUCCUAUCCAAACAAAAAAACAAUGUGAAAAUAAAAGCAUUAUAUCUAACAUUGAAAAAAACUAUCAUAUAGCACAAUUUCUUAAGUGGUCACAGAUUUGAUGCUCCACUAACUAUACCAAUGUUUCUUUUUUAAACUGUUUAAUGCACCAUAAAAGAAAUGUCAAUUACAAACUACUUAACAGUUUUGUCCCAUUUCCCUAAAACGCACUCUUUUUUUUCCCCUCUAUUUUCCAAACAUUAGAGAAAUGGAGCAAACAUUGAGCUAAGAUCAGAUUUCUGUGACUAGGACUUAGUUUUACCUUAUCCAGACUUGGUGCUAAACAUAUUUUGAAUUCAACACAUAUAAAUGUUUUGUCACAUUAUCAUACAUUUAUGUCUUUGAUGACGAUUUUAAUAGUUUAUUUCUCCAUGUCAGUCUGGUUCACAUUGUAAACAUAAGGGGUUUGUGAGACGGGUAUUGAUAAUAGUUUUUAGUUUUUCCCUUGCUAUGGGAAACACACCUUAGCUCCAUUGAAUGUUCUCAUUAACAAAAAAUGUCUAAUUGAAACUUAAAUGAGAUGGCUAGCGUUUCACCACUCUGCCACUUUCUAUGAAAUAAUAAAGAAUAUGACUUGAGUCCCCUGAGUUCUAGAAAUUACUUCACUAAUUUAUAGUGAGCCAUAGUUUUUGCAUGAAAAUAAGAUCAUAGGGUCUGAGUCUUCACUGACUUGUUGAUCUAUUGGGUCAAAUUAAUUAUAGUAUACAAAUACUAGAAACUAAUUAGGGCAUUGUUGACAAGAUGUGAAAAUUGUUAGGACCAUGCAGUCUACCAAUCUCAAUCUGCUUUGGUAUAAUAAGACUAAAAAAAAAUAAUUUCAAAACCAUUAGUUUUAUAUGGGCUAUUAAAUAUAUUUAUUCGCUACUUUACUUAACGAAUAAUGCUGUUGUUUUUGCUAGUUUGUUGAUACCCAUGUAAAUAUGCUUGACAUCACAAUGUUGUUUUUUUUAUAGUUUUAUAUGUGACAUCAGGUUUAACAUACCGCUUCUCUCCCUUGAUUUAAUCUAUGCACAACAUAAUAUUUUUCUUUCAUGUAAUUUGAUUUUAAGUUUCAUCAUGGAUUAUGGCAGCCUCUGCAGUCUUUCAUCCUCUAUUUUCAAUGAUGUAAAUUGAAUAAAUUUUGUCUUUAACUA